AUGUUUUUUCCUUGGUUUUUAUUCAUUUCUUUAUGCAGUUCUGAAUCUAUCGUGGACCCUGAAAAACUUUUGAAGCGAUAUCAGGAUGCAUUAAUCGGAAAGCAAGAUUUGGAAUAUGUUCUCGAUGAUUUGUAUAAAAUCAAAAGAUGUUACACUUAUAAGUUUGGUGAUCGAGAUCCCACUGAAGAUCGAGAUCAAUUUAUUGAUUUCUUGAUAAGUAUUCAAGACUGUAUUGUGUUAACUGAUGAUAAAUAUCUUGCAAUUCGAAAUUUCACACAUAUAACUGGUCAUCGAUAUGGAUUUAAUAUAGAUUUAUUUGACGACGAAAAGUUUCUUAAGGCAUCAUUUUAUUAUGAAGCAAGAACAUAUGAGCCUUUCAAUAAAAUUGAAUUCCAAAGCAGAAUUUAUUAUGAAAAUGCAGUUCGAUGUAUUGAAGGAGAAAUCGUGAAUCCAUUAAUCGAUGAGAAAAAAACUGGGGAAAAAUUAGCGAAAAAAUUGAUGAAGAGUUAUACCGUUGCUGCAUAUUAUGUGGAUUCUGAAAAGUUUUUGAGAAUAACAAACAAACCUUAUAAUAUUCAUGUCUGUGAGGAAUAUCAAAAUGUUCCGAUUCCACGUGCAAAAUACUUUGAAACACAAGUUUCAGUCUAUAGACAUAUUGAAAACUUUGGGAAAAAUAUAAAUGUGACAUAUUUCAAUGCAAGAGAGGGAUUUCUGAAUUUCACUGUUGAAACUGGAGCAAAUAAUGAGCACAAUGUGCAAUUCACAGCAAAUCGUAUAAAUGACAAAAUACUUUUGACAAGCGAGAAAGUAUCUAGCUGCUUUCGAUCAGAUGUUUUGUAUGAAAUCGAAACAUUUAUCGAAAAAUCAAUCAAAGAACUUAUGGAAAAAUAUACGAAAGCGAUAAAUGAAAAAGACAAAGAGACAUUUGAAAAAAUACGAGGGAUAAAGUAUAAGGAAGGAUAUUAUAAUGUCGGAAUAAAACCGUUCAUCCCAGAAAAUAUAAAAAUCAACUACACAACUGGAAAAAUCGAAUUUGAUUGUUUUAAAAAAGGAUUCAUGGUUGUUUAUGUUGUUGGGUUAAAAAGUGAUGAAUAUGUCAUCGAAACAGAAACCUGGUCCAUGAUAAUUUAA